AUGGCGAAACAACGGAAGAGCCUACCUCUCCCCAGAGUCUCAACGGGCUCGACGAGCUCGUCUUCAGCAGCAUCCAACAUCGAAGUCGGUGGCAGCGCGCGUGAGGGCUCGCUCUCAUCAGCUGCUCUCGCUGUAAUGUCCACCCCUCCUACCAGCAUCUCCGAACAGGACCAUCUCGCAUCUGCAGCCGACAAGGAGGAGAUGAACGCGACAGUUGCAGCGGACCUGACGCGUCGCUCGUCUCGUCGCAAGUCUGGUCCUGCAUCCUACAAUCUGGGCCUUCUCUCUGGCAUACGCCGUACCUCUGCUGGCCUCGAAAUGGCACAGGAGAAAGCUGCUCGUAACUUCUCUGGUGAUACCCUCGUCGAAGACGCCCCUGAACCUUCGGGCAGUACUCCCAAUCGACAGCUGCUCAACGAGGGUGUCAAGGCUCUCAACAUGGACUGGGAGAUGGACAACCUGCCUGGAGCUUCUGACCUGCCUGACAGGAAGAAGCGUCGACACAGAUCUUCCAUGGACAUGUUGAUUGAAACGACCGGCCGUGCUCUGGGGAGAGUGAAGAGUGUCCUUGGCAAGCGUGACCGAGAAGCAAGCGAACCAGAAAAGACGGACCGCAGACAGAGUCGUCGUCUGCUGGCAAUCGAGGGCCCCAAGGACGCGAACGAGGGGGCACAACAGGACAACAACAUCGUCGAGGAGCAACACGAACGUGUUGAAAGACCCAGCAAGCUCGCUCGUCUUUCAUCAAGCUUCAGCAUCACAAUGCCACAGGUCUUCUCCUCCAAGGGCAAAAAGCCGACAAAACGUUACGAGACUCAAGGUCUAUAUGCCGGCCAAAACCUUUCGAGCUACGAUGAUAUGUCCGUUCCUAAACCUACGCGAAAGCCCACUGGCAAGGCCCGCCCCUUGUCGACGUCCUUCCUUCCUGAUGCUACCCAGCCGGAAAAGCGCAACAGCCUUGUCGCCUUACCUAUGUUCUCCUACCUUGAAAGAGAACGACCUUUCACCAUCCCUUACGACGUAUUUGCUCCUGUCCAUCAUCAGCGUGGUGAGGAGAAGCCAAAGGACUGGGGUAAGGUUCACAAGAACCGCUUCGUUGGUGAUGCCGUCCACUACUGGAAGAAGUCCUACUACGAGAGAUCUCUGUGCACUUGCAUUCCACCAGUCCCUGGAUCUUCUGAACCUGGAUGUGGAGAACACUGCCUCAACCGUGCCAUGGACUACGAGUGUGAUUCGAACAACUGCGGUCUUGGAGACUCAUGCACGAACCGCGACUUUGCAGGACUCGCAGUCCGCACGGAGCGUGCAAACAAGGCCGACAAGAAGUCAGCAUACUAUCUCUUCAAUGCAGGAGUCGAGGUCAUCAAGACUCCUGACCGAGGCUUUGGUGUACGCGCUUGCAGAUCCUACGAGCCGCAUGAAAUCAUCACCGAGUACACUGGUGAGAUCAUCACACCCAACGAGGCUGGUAGAAGAAUUAGAGAAGACUACAAGGACAAGGCCGACUACUAUCAGAUGGAGUUUGAUCAAGGCAUGAUCCUUGAUGCUACCAAGGGCUCGAUUGCUCGUUUCGUCAACCACUCGUGCGAGCCCAACUGCAAGAUGCUCAAGCGUUUCGUUGGAGGCCAUCCGCGCAUGGCUCUCUUCGCUGGUGAUCGCGGCAUUCUUACUGGUGAAGAACUGACCUACGACUACAACUUUGACCCUUACUCGGUUAAGAAUGUUCAGGAGUGCCGUUGUGGUGCGACCAAUUGCCGUGGUGUCUUAGGCCCCAGACCCAAGGACGCCAACAAGCCCGUAACCAAGAAGGAGAAGGAAGGAAUGGCUGCCGGCAUGAAGCGCAAAGUGGGCGAGUUCUUCGGUGCCACUGCUGCGCCCGAGGUCGACAAGGAACUGUUCAAGAAGCGCAAGGUUCCUCAGAUGUCCAAGGGCUGGGUAUACGUCGAUGAAACUAUGGAGAAGACCAGAGUUGAGGAGGCCCGCAAGGACAAGCAGAUUGCACUGCUUCAAAAGCAGGGUAUUAUCCCUGCAGAUCUUGCAGUCAAGAAGACGACCACCACAACCACUGUCACCAAGGACAAGAAUGGAGCCAGACGCUUCGUCCAGAAAGUGACCACAAGGAUGACUGGACGCAAACCCAAGGCCACACCGGAGCCUAAGAAGACCCAGAAGCUCGGAAGACUGUCCUCCAUCAAGAAAAAGGAGGCAUCACGAGCAGUCGAAGCCAGUCCCCGCAUGACCAAGCCAGCUCGCCGUAGUAUGGAUAACAAGAGCAUCCCCAAAGGCUCAAUGAAGGUCAGAGCGGUGAACAAGGAUGCAGUCAAGAUGGCUCGCACUAUGAGAGCAGUCAAGGCCGAUGAUUGA